AUGUCGAAAGCAACUUUGGCCGUCAUCGCGGCCGCCAGUGCAGCCACCGGCGCUGGAGUAACUGCCCUACUCUACUCCUCGAAGCCAUCCCAAUCUCAAUCCCAACAACAGCAUCUACCCCAGCAACAAGUGCCCCCUCCUCCUUCAAUCGCCGGCGAUGUCAAAGUUCCCACAGCCAUCCCAACACCACCUCUCGCCGCGAAAACCACCACCGGUCCCGUCAACCCGGCCGGCAUUCUGAAGUAUGGUUUCCCCGGCCCAAUCGCCGACGAACUUUCCACGCUCCCUCUCCACGGCGCCUAUGACCGUCGCACCCGUAACCCAGCCUGGGUCGCCGAGCAUAUUACCCCUCAGUCCCUGGCACAGAACAACGCAGACCGCAAGCACAGCACUUUCGCAGAGGAUACCUCCAUCCCGGCCAUUUUCCGCGCCAAACUGGCUGAUUACUUCCGCUCCGGCUAUGACCGCGGCCACCAGGUGCCCGCCGCAGACGCGAAAUGGUCGCAGGGCGCCAUGGACGAUACUUUUUACUUGAGCAACAUGUGCCCGCAGGUCGGCGAGGGUUUCAAUCGGGACUACUGGGCGCAUUUCGAGGACUUUUGCCGAAAGCUUGCCUCGCGGUACCCCUCCGUUCGGGUCGUAACGGGCCCGUUGUAUCUGCCCCAUCGUGAUCCGGAUGGAAAGUGGCGUGUGAACUAUGAGGUUAUCGGUAACCCGCCUAACGUGGCGGUGCCGACGCACUUCUACAAGGUGAUCUAUGCCGAGGAUGGGACCGAUUCGCCGACUAGCAAGGUUGCGCUCGGUGCGUUUGUGUUGCCUAAUGCGCGCAUCCCGAAUGAGAAGAGUCUCUCGGAGUUUGAGGUUCCCCUUGAGGCGGUUGAGCGGGCGUCCGGGUUGGAGUUUGCGGCCGCGCUGGAUCCUAGUCGCCGUCGUCGGUUGUGUCAGGAGAUCAAGUGUGACAUUGUUGUGCGGGAGUUCAACAAUGCCAAGAAACGGAGUUAG